GCCUCCGCCCAACGCUCGCGCGGAGCGGCCGCCCGGCCAGCCCUGAGCCGGCGGUCCCGGCCGCCCGCCCGCCGCCCCCGAUGGAGCCCGAGGAGCGGAAGAUCUCGGUGUGGAUCUGCCAGGAGGAGAAGCUGAUCUCGGGGCUGUCCCGGCGCACCACCUGCUCGGACGUGGUGCGGGUGCUGCUGGAGGACAGCCACCACAGGCGGCAGCGGCCGGCGCCGCCCGAGCCCGGCGGCGGGAUGCUGUCGGGGCCGCCGCACUCCUACUGCAUCGUGGAGAAGUGGCGCGGGUUCGAGCGCAUCCUGCCCAACAAGACGAAGAUCCUGCGGCUGUGGGUGGCGUGGGGCGACGAGCAGGAGAACGUGCGCUUCGUGCUGGUGCGCAGCGAGGCUUCGCUGCCCAACGCCGGUCCGCGCAGCGCGGAGGCGCGGGUGGUGCUGAGCAGGGAGCGGCCCGGCCACGGCCUGGGGGCGGCCCGCGCCAGCCUGGCGCUCACGCAGGAGCGGCAGCGGCGGGUGGUGCGAAAAGCCUUCCGCAAGCUGGCCAAGAUCAACAAGAAGCGGCAGCAGCCCCUGGCCCGGGAGGCCUCGUCGGCCGAGAGGAUGGAGACGCUGGUGCACCUGGUGCUCUCGCAGGACCACACCAUCCGGCAGCAGAUCCAGCGGCUGCGAGAGCUGGACCGCGAGAUCGACCGCUACGAGGCCAAGAUCCACCUGGACCGCAUGAAGCGGCACGGCGUCAACUACGUGCAGGACACCUACCUGGUGGGCGUCGGCGGCGAGGAGCCGUGCCGGGAGGCCCAGCCCGGCACCGGCCGCCCCGAGGACGACUACGCCAGGAAGUGCGAGGAGGUGCUGCAACUGCAGGAGCAGCGGGCGCGGCAGGAGGAGCUGCUGGAGCACCUGGCCGCCGAGAUCCAGGAGGAGCUCAACGAGCGCUGGAUGAAGCGGCGGCGGGACGAGCUGGAGCUGGCGGCGGGGCCCGGCCUGGCCGAGGCGGACUGCCACACCACCGAGCUGAGCGGCGGCGGCGAGGGCGAGCUGCAGCUGGAGCACGAGCGGGUCAAGACGCAGCUGAGCACCAGCCUCUACAUCGGCCUCAAGCUCAGCACGGACCUAGAGGCCGUCAAAAGCGACCUGGACUGCACGCAGCGGGCUUGGGAGGCCCGGGAGCGGGAGCUGCAGCGGCUGCUGGAGACGCUGGGCACCCUGGACGUGGCAGAGGCGGCGGCGGAGCCGCGCGGGGCGGCGGGGGGCGGUUGGUCGGACCCGGCGCUGCGCAAGGACCGCGCCGACAACGACGACGACUCGGACACGGGGCUGAGCUCCAUGCACAGCCAGGACUCGGACUCGGUGCCCGUCUGCGAGUCCCUCGUCUAGCGCCCGCGGCGCUGCGCUCGCUGCCCGCAGCGGCCGGCAUACGGCCGCGGGAGAGGUGGGGGGCCGACGGCGCGGCUCCGGGGCGCGGACCCGGCGGAACCAGUCCCCCGCAGGCGGCGAGCGGGCGCGCUCAGUGCCGUUCCCGGCCGAGGAGGAGAAACCCGCGGGGCGCUAACGUUUCGCUCACGUCUAGGUUUGCCCGUUCCUUAAAUCCUGCCGCCUGCUUCGCUCUAAAGGUUUUCGUGCCGGGCCUUCUACUCCCGUGGCUCCCGACGCCACGCACCGUAGCGCAGACUUCAGCAGGCACGCUGUCCACGAGCGAAGAACAGGGCCACGCCGCGGGGCAGCCCGCAGAGCUCGGGCUGGCGAGUGCCAGCCCCCCCGCUCCGCUGCGGACAAAAAGGCCCUGGCACGAAAGCUGCUGAUCACUUAGAACUAGGGAGGAAAAGAGGUGUCCACGCUACCGAAGCUGACGCUGGGCUCUCCUAACGCCUAGGGUUGGGGAGCGUGCUGCAGAUCCUUUUGGCAAUGUAAAGGGGUGAUCAAUCACUGCUUCAGAAAGAGCAAGCUAAAGCAAAAUACAGAUCAAUACGCUGUAUUAACCAGCUCUGCUUAGUGCUUUUCCUUAUGCGUAGAUAGGAGUGCUUUGUUUUAAGACAUACUAAGAGAUCUAUUAGUAUCAAUGUUCAUUUGACACUGAUUGAAAAUAAUCAGCAGAGCCCUAUGUACACAGCCUUCAACCACAUUUUUGCGCUAGGCUAGCUGCAGCCUGGCAGAGCUUGGCUGUACUUAAACAACGUACAGAAUCAGCUUGAGCGACCGUUUUUAAUAACACAGUUUGUAUCAGGCUGAGAGAUUACAAUGAUAAAAGCAUGACUCAAGCCCUAGCUGCACUACAGCUUAAUCUUUUCAGUUAUUCCAAUAAAAAAAAAUAAAUGUAGCAUCAGCUGUAACAUGCAUUUCACUGAACUGCCAAAUCUUUCUCCGCAGCUUAACUCUUAACAAAAAUGUAUGAACUGCUCUUACAGUAAGAGACGCCAGGAUUUUUCUAUUUUAGAAUAAUUACAGAGACGGUUUAAGCAGUGAGAGACCAGAGAAUGUUUAGUCAGACCUGACCGACAGCGUGAACUUCUUACAACUUCUGAGAUAGUUAUUUAAGGCUAUUUAUGAAAGUUUUCAUUUAAUGAUAAGAAAGCAUAAGAAGGGAUAGAUCAACAGACCUGUUCUUUACUCUUAUAAAAACCUCACAGCUUCCUCACCCCAAGUCCAGGUCCUGUUCCCGUGUGGUGUUCUCACAGGGAGGAUUCUGCUGGACAGCAGAACACACCGCAAUUGGGCAGUGUGGAAAUGCUCAGAAAUACCGCUGGGGGAUCUGGUGAUGCUGUAAGAUUCCCCAUAUGGCAUAAGUCUGAAUAAAUGAUAUUCCACUGAAUGGGUCUCAGUUAUAACAAACUGUAGCUUACUUGGAACAUUGAUUAUAUAAUUCUCAUGUUUUAGUCGAUCUUGGAAAAUAUUUAAAAACUUAUUUUUAGACUGAAUAAAAUUCUUAAUAAGACUGAA